AAUUUAAAGUUUUCAACACGCAGAAUGAGUAGGGUUGUACACUCACCGCGAAUACUUAAGCAACUGUAGCCGGUUAUUAAUAAUCGUGAAGUUACUUCCCAUUGAAAGUCCUUUUGCAUGGGCGACCAUGGCCAACAUUACAGAGUUGCAGAAACACGGAUUAUGCUGGCUGAUCAACUACGAAAACACUACCAGCAGUAUCCCAUCAUUGGCCUGCCUGCCAUGGACAACUUACCUUUACGCUCUUCCUUCUCUACUGGCACUUCUGCUCUUUAUUGUCGUCAGACUAUCCCCAGCAGUUUGUCAACAUGUGUAUAUGGGCCUGAAACUGUCGGGAAAGCAUUUCCUGCUGUCUCCAGUGCGCUUUGUACGUGGAGCAGCGGUAUUUGGAAUUAGCAUGUAUUCACUGUGGAAUAACUUUUUCGGGCCGUAUAUUAUGGGGACAUGGAGCGACGGGAUUAUUAUCAGUUUGUGUGGGAUUUCUUAAACGAACCAUCUUGCCUUAAAACAAGAGUGGCCCAUAUUCUGUGUGACUGGGAAUUUGUGGCUAACAUGGUCAAUUUGCCCUUGUUAGUUUACGAGUUUCUCAUUACCGAAAGCACAGCAUAUCGGGAGCAUCUCGCUGGAUGGAGAGUGACAAUCACAAGCUUGCAGUUUGUGCGAUUGUUUUGUCUGACAUGGCUCGGCGAUGAGAUGAUAUGUAUAAUGCGAUGGUUACCCAACAAAACGAGAGUCUUUAUACGACGAAUAACGUGGAUAAUAUGCUCAUUCCUAAGCUGCGCUGCAUGGAUACAACUGGUGCAUACACUCCAGAUUAGCUGUCCUGGUCUGCUGUUUGCAGAUGGAAACUCUUGGUGACCCGUGGUUAUCCGCCUACCAUGGACAACCAAACCUGACAUACGGGAAAGUUGUGACCUUUCUGUAUGGGAAACUGGUUUUUCUUGAUGUUACAUCCACCCAACUGGAAACAGUAACCGCUCAAAUAUCCGUCUACAUUGUUCAGGCUGUCACUUUGAUUUUUCUGGCACAAAUGGUACCGGAUAUGUUAAAAGAGUUACCCGCUAUCCUAAAGAUCAGAUCAUUUGAAACGACUUACAGGAAAAAGGAUACUCAUCCAUUUGUCGCCUUGAUUGGCUCAAUCAAUCCAUCCGAUGUGGAGCAGUUUGCUGAGACCUUUCGUACGACGAAUCCCGGGGAGAAUAUUAUGGUGCUGUUAGAGUAGGUCAUGUUGUGCACUAUAGCGAGUUAACUGAUGCACUAUUCUCUGGUAUCAGGCCGGAUGUUUGCGGUGCGGCAUCGGCAGAAAUGCACACUGUGGCCGGACAGUUUAAAGAUAUCCUAGUUGUUGUCAACGGGUCCGUGUUCAAAAAGAAACAUUUGGAUAAUGUGAUUACGGACAAAUGCCGGUGUGCGUUUUUCUUUGCUAACCAGAGCGCUCAAAACUUCACGGACGAAGACCAUUGCAACUUCCUUCGAGUCCAUAUAUUCAAACAAUAUCAACCAAGGACUAGAGUAAUCGUCAAGGUUUUACUGUUCCAGAACAAGGAGAGGUUUCACCAAGUGCCGAACUGGGAUAUAGAGAACGAUCGAAUCAUCUGCAUAGCCGAAAUCCAGUUCGCUUUGCUGGCGCUAUUUUGCGCCGGGAAUAUCACAGAUUUUCACUAGCUGGUUUAAUCAUUCAGACAACGAAACAGGACAAUCUGUUAAAGCUGCCGUAUUCGCUGCGCCAUCGAAAACACCAAAAACAUCAGAUGAAACGCGAGCUGGGGAAGCAAGACGCACACCUAGUUUUGCCGCAGCGCAAGCCCGUAAUGGUUCUGGUGCAGCGUUUGAAAUGCAACCGUUUAUUCAGCGUAACGGCCGAACUCCGGAUGCCGGAGAAGCGGGCGACAGUUGUCAGGGCACCGUAAUCAAUGUCGAGCCCGAAAAAUACGUAACUUAUGACGAAGCAAGGAGAAAGUUUGGGCACGAAGCGAUAUUAUUGCCGUAUUACAAGAUGGUGAAUUUCAUCUGUAUCCACGGAAUAAUCUCAUUCUUAAAGACGGCGCAAAAUUAUUUUUUAUUACCGAUGCUUCUUCUGGACGAAUUAAAGAUAUUCUGAAAGAGCUCUCCAAAUGUUCGCAUGAAACACCCCAAACCAGGCCAUUAUUUGUGAGGCAGGACAUCAAAAUUCCCAUGAAAGCUCAAUCAGUUGAGCAAGGGGGUACAGCGGUAUGCGACCUAACCGGCCAGUAUAAUUACUAUCAAAUGCCGCUAAAACAAAUCCAGACAAAGCGACCGGAAGAAAUAUCUGGCUUAUUGUCUACCCUUGCACAACAUGUGGUGAUAUGUGUCGUGUCGGACGAGCGACCUUCAGCUAUUGGAUUGGCAAAUUUUAUUAGACCCUUACGCGCCGUUUACAUACAUCCACCACGGGUUGUUAUUUUGGCUCCUCGCGAUUUUUUGGAAUCUGAGUGGCCAAAUCUGCAGAACAUUCCGGACGUUAUUUUAGUGGAGGGUAGUCCACUCUGGCGAGGUCAUCUAAGCGAUGUUAGGAUCCAGUCAUGCCGAAUGUGCGUUGUGGUAGAUGCAAGCGAACGUCCAAAGGAGCAGGCGGAGAAAUGGAAUCAACCUAACGUCGACUUAUUAUGGCCCAUAUUACCCCAACACUUCUACCAGCAUGUUAAUGCUGUGCUUGUGACGGUGGAAGUGAAAGAACUUUUGAAGCGGUACCACGAAACAGAUACCACAUUACUGGACGAAGCCGCGUCUGGUGCGCUGCAAAUUGCAAAACAAUCCGCCAUCCAAGCAUGCAGUUUAGAAACAACUCUGACAAAAGUGAGAAACGAACUUCAAGAAUUCCGGAGAAAAACUGACCAUUCAGCUAAAGUAGCUAUGGAAGAUAUCGAAAAAAUAUUAAAAGCUUUUGGUGAAACAAACGAUAGGCUGCCGGAGCUUUUGAAACGAAUCCGGACGUCAUGUGAUCUUGGUUCUUCAAACAUUUACACGCAAAUUGAAGAAUUGUUGGGAUAUUUUCACCAGCUGCCAAGCAAUAAGGUGCCGCCCUUACAAAUCGCAGAAAAUUGAUAUAAUGGAAAUUAUCGAAGAUUUCCAUGCAACCAAUGCCAAGAAGCUGCGAAAUACGUUAACCGGUCUUGAAAAUAUUCUGCGGGGCCAUGAUCCAAACUUAAAAGUAUCCGACUUCAGUACCCUGGCAGCAUCCACGCGCCUAAAGGAGUUUCGCGAACAAGAUGACAAGACGUCUUCAGAAAAUAUCGCCGCACUAGCUGGCGAUCUGGGAGAUCUCCUGUACCAAGCAGAUGGAGUUGGAAUGUUCAGUGCCAUCGAUCAUAAUUUUUUCAUAACCACGAGAUUAGGGAAAAGUUGAAGGCAUUUCGAGCAAGUAACAGUACCACGGUGGAGAAGACUGCGCGGAAAGUAGCCAAAAUAAUCGCAAAGUUUUGUUCUGAUCGAGGGCUGUUGGCUAACGGUACAGCCAAAAUUGCAGGUUUUUUAAAACAGCUACGCGCCAAUGAUGAACGAAUACCGGAGACUCUGCUAACGACUGUAAACGAAUUUUUUUCUAUAACUGACGUUUCACCAAAAAUUUUCAAAGAGUUAAAAAGUUUGAAACGUUUGCAUGAAGAUGGUGAUCUCACGCCGGGAACGUUUCUUGCAACUGUCAAACGGUUUUUUUAUACGUCCUCCGAAGGAGAUAAUCGUUUUUCGAAGAAAGCGACCACAGAAAUUAAGGAGAUCAUAUACCGAUUUUACCAAGACGACACCAUUCAUCUACAAGUCGCUAUUACCGGAAUAACAAACUGCCUGGAGUUAGCAGAAAAUGACCGCUCAGCUUUAACGAAACUGGUCAAACAGUUCCGAGACAUGUACAACACCUUUCCCGAAGAAAUCCUCACCUGUACACACCACGAGGCAGUUGGACUAGUUUCAUGGACCCAGGACGGAAUUUCGGAUUCCUUAAAGCCAUACGUCAUAGCUGACUGCGCCUCACCGAAAUUCAUCGACGCACUAAUGCUGGAGUGCUACGAAGAUAAGGAUGUGUUUGACGUUGUACGAUUACUGCUUCUUGGAGGGUACAAAGAGACGGCUAAGAUGGCAGCUGACGCUAAUUAUUCUGGAUGCCCUUUUGUUGGAAACCAAGCGGCGUUAUGUAAAAUGUCCCUGUCAAGCGUAACCGCAUCCGAUGGUCGCUGUCAACAUGGUUUUAAGCGAUAUGACCCUAAUUCAUACGCCCCGGUUCAGGCCAGCAACAAGAAACCACGAAACGCAUCCGACGAAAAUAUCAGCGUUGUAGACAUUGAACCGCUCACCCAAUUCGAAACCUUUCAGACCUUCUGCAACCGCGCUGCCGAUAGAGGAUAUUUGGUCAUAGGAACGGAGGUCCCGCAUAAUAAAAUGCUGAAAUCCGGAGCUGUGGUUAGUCAACAUUAUUAUGUACUGCGCCGACCGUUCUACGUGGAUGCACGCCAGAAGUUACUCGGCGAUGCUCUACGAUGCCUUGAUCAGUUAGGCACAACGGUUCCGCGCAGUCAGCUCGAAGCUCUGGAGUAUCUUCCGACGUACAUUUUAAAAGUCGUUGCAGAAGGAAGCGGUAGCCUGUCGAAGAAAUUCUCCGAACUUGAAUCGUCACAAACAGCAGAUGUCACUGGUCAACGAAACUGGAAAGCCUUUGGACAACAAAGCAAUCCGGAAUGGUUUCUCGCAUAUUGUGGAAUUGUUUUGGAACUUGCCAAGAUUAAGCAGGUUACUAUAAAUAACGUUCCCAUCGACCCAAAUAACUGCAUACUAGGAGCCAUACCUCUGUUGCCGAAAGGAAUUUUUACGUAUGUAACACAGACGUUCGGUCAUCAGCGAGCCAACAACAUUGUGCCGGUGGAAGCAUCGAUAAAUGUUAACACGUUCUUCUAUGAGAGCCCUGAUAUUCCCAUGAAUGCCGUGCAGUGGAAGAACAUGGUGAAGGUCCACUGGCACUUACUAUAGCUUGGCUUUACAUACUGUCUUUAAAUUUGAAGAUGGGUUUUGGUACAUUCAGUAUCAGUGGCACUGGCAACUGCUACCGUUCAAUGGCAACAUUCUUAAGCGAAGCUUGCCUCAGAUGUGU